AGGGCGGGGCUCGGGGCAGGUGGAAGGCCCUGAAGGCGGAGAGCAGGUCGGGGGCGGAGCAGACGGAGACUCUGCUCAGAUCUCUGCAGGACAGAAUCCACCAGAUCAACGACCGACGACACACACUCACACAGCUGAUCCAACAGCUGCACAACAAGCGGGAGCACAGGGAGCAGCUGGCAGAGUCUCUCCUGAAGGCCCAGAAUGCUUUGCAGUCAUGUGACCAUCAACUGUCCAGGCUGAGGGUGGAGUCAGAGGCGGCACUCAGUCAGCUGAUCGGCUGGCAGCGAAUCAGAGACCAGCUGCAGGUAAAGGUUUCCGCCACACAGGAAGUGAUGCAGAUCAACCUGCUGUCCUUCAGCCAAUCAGAGCUGUGUGUGGAGCUCAGGCCACGCCUCCCCUCUCACCUGUCAGCCAAUGAGCUGGAGCCUCUGAGGCUGUCGGUCACCUGGAGCCACGACGACCGCUUCACGCUGCAGGUGGACGGGGGCUCGGCUGGUCUGGUGGAGGACGGGAUGUCGGGCCGACGCUCAGAGCUGAGCGCCGCCCUGCUGGAGGUGAUGCAGAGCUACGUUGGUCAGGUGGAGCUGCUGUCAGAGAUCCAGAGACUCAGAUCCAGUUUCGCCAUCGACUGGCGUCCCGCUCAGCGCGUGCUGGUCUACCUGAAGACGGCGUCUCUGGUCUGUCACCUGGAGGUGGAGGAGGGAUACCCGGGCAGCGGACGAGCCCGCCUGCUGUCCAUACGGAGGGACGGACACCUUGUGGACACACCUGGACUGAAGCCUGAUAAGUCUGUCCUCAGUCUGACGGACUGGUUGGUCUUUCUGUCCAGCUGUCCUCUCCUCUGACAGACUCAUCGUCUCCUGUCCUUGUCCGUCCCUCCUCAUGUUAUGACUCUGUGUCUUCCCUCUCAUGUCCUCUAGAUGUCAGUGUCUCCCUCUCCUGUGUGUCCAACAGCAGGGCAGCUUUGGACACAGCUGUGAUUCAGGUUGUCCUCUGGUUGUGUGAGACGUGUCACAUGUUGUUUUGUUUACUUCCUGUUUGUGUUUCCAUGAAAAUAAAUAAACAUUUCAUCGUUUUUUUUACCAAAAAGAAAAAGACACUGUGUGGACUGAAAUGUGUCUUUUUAAAUAUUUUUAUCCAAAACUUUGAUCACGUCAAACACGUCAAACAUGUCAAACAUGUCAAACACAACACGCCAUCACACGCAUGACCACAAACCAGAGGCUCGCUCUUUUAUUUUGAAAAGCUGUCGCUGUUGUUAAAAUGUCAAUAACUUUCCUGAUUAACGACAGAUGAACCUUUAUUGAUCCCCGGAGGAGGAAUUUAACAGUGUUGGGGAGUAACUAAGUACAUGUGAUUAAAUUACAAAAUAAAUGUAAUCUGUUACAGUUACUGAGGAAAAGAGUAAUAAAUUACAGUUACUGA